UAUGCAAACUUCAGUUCACUACUGUACAUGUUGGGUUUGGAAGUGGACAGCAGCGGGCGGUGUUUCAUUUUCACCACUGUCUGCUCUGCUGUGAUCACAGAGGAAGCAGCAGGAUGAGGAAGUGUCGGGACCCGGGACCACGACUGACUGACUGGAAGAUGUAGCUUCCUCCACUGAAGCACCAGCAGCUGGCAGGAGUUUACCGGCUGGUAGCUAACAGCGGUAUUUGACAAUGCGAUGGGUAACUGCUGGGCUUUCUGCGUGGGGCUCUUCAGGAGAGAAGCCAGCAGGAUCCAGAGAGGUGGCGGGUCUAAAUACUUCCGCAGCAGCACCACAGGGGAGCAUUACACCAUCGAGUUUGAAAAUCUGGUAGAAAGUGAUGAGGCUGAGAGCCCACAGCCCUGCCCGAGGCCCAUCAGUGAAGAUGAGAUCAAACACCUCAGAGAGCAUCGCUACGCUGCCAUCUCAGACAAGCAGAUCCUCAUAGACCAAAAGCUACAAGCCGAGUUAGAGGCACAAGAGGAGAAGUUAAGGCUAGAAGAGGAGGCUAGAAAUGCUGCCCAGCGUGAGGCUGCCAGGCUGGCACGUGAACGCAAACUGAAGGAGCAGCUGCCUGCCCAGAGGACACGGGGGAGAGCAGAUGGCUCAGGCGGUGAAAGCCAGCAAAAAAAACAAACCUCGGGGGAGGAUUUUGAUGCCUACCUCCAGAAUGUUAAAGCGCAGUCUGAGGCGUUCAGGAGCAACAGACUUCCCUCAGACACAAACGUUGUGACUCCCAACACAGAGUGCAGCUGGGAUUUCACCACCAAGACUCGCUCCACCAAUGAUGACGGGACGUCGCUGGAUCUGGAGUGGGAGGAUGAGGAAGGAAUCAAUCGUGCACUUCCAGUCUGGGAGAGGUCUCGGACGGAGGAGGACAUCUUGCGUGCAGCCCUGAGGCCCGGCAGCAAGCAGAUGACCAGCGGCCCGCCCUCGGCCUCUGAGGACUCCAACGCGCUGGAGUGGGAGAAUGAUUUUGUGAGUACCCACCCAGAGGACGGUGCAGACGCAGAGUUUGAAGGGUUUGUCAAUCCCGUCCUAGACACUCCCUCCGAGGACGCCUCGGACUGUGGACUCAGAUCGGACAACCAGGACAGAUAGUGUCCAGCACCAAAGGAGACGUUUGUGGCAGCCUCGUCGUGUUUAAAGCUCACCAGCUUUUUGCCUCAUGAAGCGGAAAUGUACUUAGACGCUCUUCAUUUUCUGUAAUGAGACUGUGAUGCUGCGGGAAUGUGUUGUGUUUCUCUUCACUACUGGUGUAGUGAGGUUUUUAUCAAACACUCAUUUUUUUCAGUGCCUUCAUUUGCUAAAUUAGCCCACCAUCUUGUGCAUUGUAACUGAUUAAUUACAUACAUUUUACACGUUGUUCAAUAAGUGCUUAUUUUCAAUGCACAGUAUCCGGAUGGUGGAACCAAUAUGUUGCCAAGUUGAUCUGAAGUUAAUGAUGGAUGAUGUUUAUUUUACUCACCGAUGGAAUUAGACAGAAGUCACUAUUAUUGUGAAAUUGGUCAUGAUCUACUUUAAAAUCCCAGGAGGAAUAAUUCUUUUUUCUUUGUUAGUUUUUUUUACUCUUUUAGCAGACAAAGCAGUGCCUGGGGACCAAAUGCAGCUCUGAGACAAGUUUGGAGGUUUCCUUCGUGUCUUUUUUCAGGGCUAGACGACUAACUAGAGCCUGACUGAUAUCUCGAUACCGGCCUAUCACAGAUACAUCACUGUCUGUGUGUUGUUUGAAACUUUUCUUUACGGUACAAAGUGCAGAAAAUGGUGGCGUACUUUAGAAAUGGUGUUAUUACACAGUUUGUCGAGCAGAGUGCGCUCCACCUCCACCAUUUACAAUCCUCUCAGCACUGUGCAGCACAUGUAGCAGAGCUGAACUGAUGGUGCAGAGUGAAGAAGUGUUUUCAUGGCAAACUGCUAACUUGUUUGCUGGAGAAUUAAUCAUCAUAUAAUUUGCUAUAAAAUGAAUCUAAUUAAUUAAAGGCUUUUAAAUUAAUUGCAUUAAUCGCAUUUUUGUCAAACAGCAAUAUUUGACAGAAUAAGCAAAGUUUUUGGAUUUCAAUACAUUUUGGUUGAUGACUGAAUCAAUUAAUAGACAUACAAGAACUUAAAUCACAAAAAUGUUUAUUUCAUUUAUCUGUCUAUUACAUUCACAGAUUGCGGCAAAAUCAAAGUGCAAUUAUCAUGAUUAAAUUCAGCAUUUUAAGACUUUUUGUAAACUCAAGCACUUUCAAAGUCUUGAAAAGUAGUGUAUUGUGGGCUGGCUUACACCGUCCUAAGGUAUAGUGUGAGCUCAUUUGCAUAAAGUAGUUUCAUUUAUGCAAAUGAUGUGCGAGGAUCACAGGUUCAGUGCAUCGUGAAACUUUUGUUAAACGUCUAAACCAGCCGUCAGUGAACUAAAACGAGGACAGAUUCACGUUAUUUCUCACAUCAGAUGCUUUCAGAAAUACUUUUUGCUGAACAGUUUUCGGCAUAAAAGAGAAAGUUUGCGACCAAGCCGCCAUGCUGGUCCGACGUUUCUGCGGCUGAAUCCCAAACCGCCCCCUACACACUACCCCUACACACCCCCCCCCGUUGCGCGUUCCCGCGGAGGGUCCUCCAUAUUAAGGGCCGUCCCAAACCACGAAGUGCGGAGGGAGAGUGGACUGUUCAGCCCUUAAAUAACGAGUCUGCAUCGAUGCUCACUCUGGACAACUUUUUCAGGAAGUGCAACGUCGAAAUGGAGGAGGAAACAAACAUAUUGAUGUGAGUUCCACAUGCGUCCAUUAUUUCUCCCACGCAUUUUUCACACUGACAGAACAUCACAAAAAGAGUGGUGUAAAAAGGUAAAUCAAAAGAAACAAAUCUUCUUCUCUGCUGACGUUUGAUUUAAUUGUGCACCCCCUGACACCUUAAAAUUUGAACACAACUGACAGAAUUCAUUUAUUCAUUUAUUCAUUUGUUGGAUUUGAAAUGCCAGAUAAUAGGAUUGGAAAACAUGUGAGUGAAAAAAAGUGGGAUGCUUUCGUCUUCUGGAAGCAGCAGCGAUCCUUGUUAGUUGCAACCUGUGCCACAGCGCUACAGCCAUGCACAGUAGGCGUCUUUGUGUUACCAUGGCGAUGACGUCUUCCAUUUUCCGGUGAGGCGACAGGGCGUCCCAUUCCUGACGAUCGUAUUUAUACCCUCCCCCUUCCAUAAUAGGUGCCCUCCACAGCUGCGAGUGUGACUUCUUUUGGAGUGACACUCAGUAGUGUAGGGGGAGUGUGUAGGGGGCGGUUUGGGAUUCAGCCUGCGUCUGUGUAUCUUCUUCACGGCAGGCAAACAGACUUUAGGCUAAUUACCGCCACCUACUGGGCUGAAGUGUUCAUCAGAGUUACCAGUAUGCCAGACAUUAGGGAACUGAGAAAAUACAUUAUUUUUUCUGUAAUUAAUUAAUCAUAACUAACACAUUAAAGUCCCAGCCCUAGUUGUCACCCUAAUAUAUAUUUAAAGAAUAUCAGCUGAUACACCGAUACCAAAACAUUGUUUACUCCCUAAAAUUGGUAUCAACAUUGGCCCUUAAAAUCAGGUACCGUUCAGGCUCUAGAAAUAACCCACAAAAGCACAAAACUACAGAUGCUUUGCCCUACAUUUGUUGCCCUUUGAUUUUUAUUUGAUGCACGAUGACAAAAGAGGAACUGAUUUCUAUUUCCAGACAUUUUGAUGAAUGUUACAGCCUCUGUAUUUACAUUUGGUGCAAAGACAGGACCCAGGACCGUUUCCUGACUUGUUUGAGGUUUUGAAUUGUUGUUACAAGUUACAAAAUACCAUCUCUGUCAUACCUGUAUGUCAGUUUUGCUGCUUGUUGGGCAGCGAGCGCUGAUAAACUGCACAUCAGCCAGCAGCAAACAAAGGCAUGCGUUUUACAAUAUGUCAUCGGUGCAUGUACUCUGAUGAGAAAGCCGUGCUCACUGCAGCGACCUCAUAAAUCUGUUUUCUUGUAUGUGGAGGCUUCAUAUGGUGCAGUGUAAUAUGGGCAACAUGGGACCCAUCAAAUGACAAAUACAUAUCACUCAAACUGGUAUUUUCUUAUAUUUUAAUUGAUCGACAAGUAUGAGAAAUCCAGGUUCAAAACAGCUUUGAUUUAAUGUGUCAACGUGGAAAAACAAAAGCAAGCAGCUGGAGCAUGAAAGCUUUUGCAGUGACUUAUCUCAUAUAAUGUGAGAUUGGAGAAAAACUGAGCUUUAGAAAAAUAUUGGGUUGUUAAUGUGAAUAUUUUCUCUAAAAUCCAGUGAAAUCAUUGCAGAAAAUACAACAUAACAGGAGAUAACCUUCAUCUAAACAGAAGUUACUCUGCUGUUUAGCAGCUACAAAAUGAGACAUUGCCAUUUUGUUUGGCAUUUGUUCAGGAGACAAAUCAUUUCUGAGUGUAUUAAAUAUGCAUUUAAUCUGCUAUUAAAUACAAACCAGUUGAUCUGAGCUGAAAACAUUCAUAAAUCUUAAUGCAAUUGUAAACUGCACAUGAUGAAAGCAGUAUUUUUGGAGUGUCUGAGGCUGGAUUGAGAAGAUCAGGAUGGCCAAACAAGCAAACACGACUCUAAUGUAAAAUAUGAUUUAUCUGAUGCUGCUGUACCAAGGAAUCCACUGUACACAUCAUUUUUAUAUCCUGAUCGUUUUUCACACUGAUCGUUUAAUUUAAAUCAAAAGUAGUUCACUGGUUCACUGCACUGUGUGGAUGUUCAAUUAAUUUUUGUUUAUCAGUUCUUAGAAAACUGAAAUGAUUCACUGGUGUGAAGAGGAAAAAGAUGUGCACUAUUGUCCAAGUGUGUAGACGAGGCACUAGUUGAUUUGCAGAGAUUUUACUUAAUAUUUGAAUACAUAGCAGUUUGUUUUUUAACAUGUCAAUGUUAUGUUUUGCUAUGAAUUUAUGAUCUUUGAUUAAUCACUGUAAAUUUAUGUAAAGACAAUUUCACAUUCCUUGUCACACUGAGCUUAUGAGAAAAAAAACAAAAAAUAGAAAAAAAUCUCCUGCCUUUACUGUAGUGAAAUAAACACAGCUGGACUUUC